AUGGCCAUCCGUUUCACGUCCUUGCUCGCGGUCGGUUGUGUGCUGCUAGUGUCUGGUGCUGUGUCUGGCGCUGCCAUCGAGAAUGCGGUCACACCGCGCAUCCACAGCUCCGACGAGCUGAUCUCGACCAUUGUGGAUAAGUGCUUCCAUGCCAAUGCCAUGCAUUGCCUGAAGGAAAAGGUGCUGACCUAUCUGGACACGAUGGCUAAUGUGGAGGAGGAGGUCAGUGGGCGUGCCUUCGACGACGAUGUCAUCGACAAAGUCAUUGUGGAUCGCAUUGGCCGCAUUCUGCACACCAACGAGAUGCGUCUCCAGCUGCCAGAGACCUUCUUCGCCAGCUCCGUGAUGACCUAUCGUGCUGACCGCGGCUUCGACCUGGAGCUGCCAAAAGAGGAGGGUCGUGCCGAGAAAAAGAACAAGGACAAGCUCUUCCUGCCCCUGCUGCUGCUCAUGAAGCUGAAGCUUAAGGUGGUCAUGCCCAUUCUGCUGGCUCUGAUCGGUCUGAAGGCCACCAAGGCUCUGAUCCUGUCCAAGAUCGCCAUUAAGCUGGUGCUCGGCUUCCUCAUCUACAAUCUCAUCCAGAAGUUGGGUGGCAUGAAGAUGAACAUGGUGCCAAUGCCAGCUCCGGCCACGGAAUACGGUGUGCCCAGCACCACGGCCUCCUCGUACGACCCCAGCAGCUGGGAGCCAAUGAACAGCGGACCCUAUGCCCGCUGGGACUCGCAGAACCUGGCCUAUAGCUCUUACCACCCCAGCAGCUCCUCGUCGUACUCGUCCGGCUCAUCGUCGAGCUCAUCCCCCAGCUCGUCCAGCUACAGCUCUUCCUCUUAA